AUGUGUCAGGUAGUUGAAGAAAACGGCAACAAACCCCAGAAGGAGAGUCAGAGUCAGAAUCAGAAUCAGAGCUGCGGCGCGUCAUCUGAGGCUACGGGAUCGACGCAGGGUCUCAAGCCUGUCGAUCAGCCUCGGUAUCACGUCGAGACCUUCCCCAUCCCCGCUCCCCUGUCGGAAUAUGACCUUGAUUACCGACGCACCAUGACCAUUGAGUCCCAGCAGCGACUGUGGCCCCAGGACAUCUGGGUUCACAGUCCACAUGGACGACAGCUGUACCAGCCUGUGCUGAUGUUUGCGACUGCGCCGGAGCACAAGCCGGAGACGAACGGAAGCGCUUCUAAGAGCGGUUAA